AUGGCGGUAUAUCAGCUAAAUCAUGAACGUGAUCGUCAUACAUGCAUCAAGUUCGCCGCCGCUCCCUUACUCCCAUCCUUUAACAGUAUGACCCUAGUCUCGAAUGAUCCCAGCUGGUGGCCAUUCAUUAAUUCCCAUUAUAUCUUCAGCUACUUAACAGUUGCCGCUUCUGUUGGGGUAAUCUACGAAUGGGUACUCCCAGCGCUUACGUUUGAACAAGAGAUUGAACUGUUCUGGAGGCAACGCUGGUCCUUGAUGACCGUUCUGUAUCUCAGUGUACGCUAUGUUGGAAUAGGAUAUGUUGUCCAAUGUUAUGACAAUCUCAAUCACAGAUUCGGUCGUGUUAUGUACCUUGCACUUGGAAAGCACGAACGAGGUCGUGAAUGUAAUGCUGGGUGCCAAGUCAUCAUGAUCGCUCGGCUGAAUGUCAUGUAUCAGCGAUCCAGAAAGGUGCUGGUAUUUCUCGUUGUCAGUCUUUCUGGCCGUCAGAAUCGCCAACGCAGUGAUUGCCGCGAUAUCCAUGAUGCAUAUUUCAAGGAAGUCGUUCUCUCUGGCACCUAUGUAUGCAACAUCGACUACGUGGGAGAUACCGUACUUCUGUAUACCAUCACUUGGAUACUCGCCCUUGCAUGGGAGGUCCUUCUGCUGUGUCUCGCAGUUCGGAUUGCUGUAAAGCGCUUGCGUGAACUGCGAAAACACUCACAAAGAGGUAUUUUUAGAGACUGUUUCACGGUACUAAUGAAAACUCACGUGAGUUACUUUGCGAGUUUUCUUGCAGUCUCUUGCUUUUACGUCGGUUUUUCUUCUCCGAC